AUGGAAGAUGCCACCAUGCCCACCUCUUCUCCACCUCCGCACCCCAGAAGCGCAGAAGAACACGACAGCGAUGAUCACCACCAACACCUCUCCUCCACGUUGAACAGCUCACGCGACAACGGCCCACUCCUCCCCGCACAUUCCAUCAUCCGCUUCAUCCAAUGCCCGCGCUGCUCGUUACCGCUCCGAACCCCGCUGCGCCUGCCGUGCGGAAACACAAUAUGCAAGUCGUGUCUGCCGCCGAUUCGGCAACGGACGGGGAUCACUUACCCGGCCGAUGAGGAGCGGAAACAAGGGUUUACGUGCUAUUGGGGAGAUGCGGCGUGCUGCCCGGGGGAACACUGUCUGGGGGAUUGCGGGACGGAUGUUUUGUUGGGGAGGGUGGUGGAUGUGUUUGAGGAGGUGUUGGGGAAGGUGGAUGGUGGUGAUGAUAGUGCUGGGUGGUGCGAUGUUAGGUGGGAGAGCAAGAGGUUGAGGAGCGAGUCUGAGGCAAAAGGGACAGAAACUGAGACUGAGACAGAAACAUGCGUUGCUAGGAUUGGGUGCGAUGAUUUGUUAGGGGGUGUAUAUGGGUUGGUCAAGCAGGGUCGGGUUGGAUAUGAUGAUUUGCUGGAGAUGGAAAUUGCUACUACUACGUCUUCUGAAGAGGGUCGGGGUCUCCAAGGACAGGAUUGUGAAGGGCAACAAUCAUACGGGAGGUUGAAGGAGGCAGUCCGGGCCGAAUUGGACUGCCAGGUCUGCUACUCGCUUAUAUUGGAUCCAUUGACGACUUCUUGUGGACAUACAUUCUGUCGCGGAUGCGUGGCUAUGGUUCUAAAUCAUAGUGAUCUGUGUCCGCUUUGUCGGCGCAAGUUGAAUAUGGCUUCGACGGUGCGGGCUGAGCCCGCUAACAGGAGGAUCUCGAAUCUGGUGGAGGCUUUGUUCCCUGAGCAGGUUGCAUCACGUCGCGAGGGUUCCUCCAAUGAAGAUGGAGUGGCGGCUACGGGAGAUGGAGAGCGGACUAUCCCGUUGUUCGUGAGCUCGCUUUCGUUCCCGACUAUGCCGACCUUCCUGCAUAUAUUUGAACCGCGAUAUCGGACUAUGAUUCAUCGAGUGAUGCAGACGAGGGAUAAGAAGUUUGGUAUGGUUAUGUAUAAUCGCUCCGGUCGGCUGCAGGAAGGUUUGGGCAGGGCCCAAUUCAUGCAGUAUGGUACAGUGCUGGUGGUGGAACGGUUCGAGCUACUCCCCGAUGGAAGAAGCUUAGUGAUUGCGUCGGGGGUGUCGCGCUUCAAAGUGAUCAGCUUUGAGAUGGUGGAUGGAUACCAUGUUGGUAGGAUACAGCGUGUGGAUGAUAUUGCGAUAUCUGAGGAGGAGAGGCUAGAGUCUUUAGAAACUUCAUCGGGAACAGAGGAAUCGCUAUCACCAGCGUCAUCACCACUGGAGUCUCUGCCCACGCAGCAGCUAUUUCAGAUCGCCUUGGAUUUUAUCGACAAAAGCCGUCGCGAAGGAGCAGCAUGGCUCCAUCCGCGUGUUUUGCUAGCUUACGGCGAGGCACCUACUGAUCCGGCUGUGUUUCCCUGGUGGUUCGCCUGCGUUCUGCCUCUUUGGGAGGAUGAGAAGUACCAACUUCUAGCGACGACAAGCGUCCGGGAUAGACUGAAGAAGGUUGUGCGGUGGGUGAGGAAGUCAGAGUCUCGAGAGUGCCCAGCUUUGACAUACCUAGCGCCGUCUGCGGGAGUCUUUACGUCCUUCACGCCAUUCUCCAUGUCUGUCUCCAUCUCGUUUGGGUCUCCUCGCCCAGUUGAUCCUGAUCGCCGGCAGCGGGCGCAGAAUCAGGAUUCAGGAGGAAGCUAUAUCCCACAGACUCUUGUAAUGGGGAUCUUCUUGGCUAUCUUUGCGACGCAAAUGGCGAUCAAUGUCGUCCAAAUUCGGCGAGCCAGACGGCGAGAACCACGCUGAUAGAUAUGGACAACGAAAGACAAGACGAGGAAGAGGGACCGCACUCAUUCACGCCAAGGUACGGGCUAAUCCUUGACGUAUCGAAGGCGCUGAUAGUACGCGAUAGCGUUUAUUGGUCCUUCUACUAGUUGACCUUCGUGGCGCCCGGCCAAAGUCUGUGGCAGCCAUGGUUUCUCCUCAAAAGCGAGGAAUAUAAAUAUACCCCGUCCUAGCUGGUGGCUGGUUGCCGCAGGGGCAUACCCAAUUCGGGAGCUAUCCAUCGCAUCGAAUAGGUGGGCUAACGCCCAGCUCGUAGAGUCUGGUGCGACUCCAUGCAGGCAUGGGAUUCUUUUCUUUUCUUCUUCUUCUUCUUCUUCUUCCUCUUCUUCUUCUUCUUUUUAUAUCUCCUAUGAUCGGCCGAUGACAGGGUCGACGGGAACUUACAGCUUUCUGCAAAUAGAGGGGUAAUAGGAGGGUUUAGGGAGGUUUCAGGCAACUAACUGUUUGGGAAUCCCUGCAUGUACGUUUGAGAGAGCGCAUUGGUGGUGGAACUGGAAGAACCAACCCGUAGCUAUCUAUGCAUAAAGUAGGAGCGAAUGCGCCUUGCGUGCGUACCGCAGUUGGUGGAGAACGCUAAUGGCGAAGCCUGAUAAGAGAACAAUGUUGCCUAACUGGCAGGGGUAGAGCCUCUGAGCCCAUAU